CUUUUCUCCUUGCCCACUUUUGCAGCGCUUUCCCUUUUCCUGCCGCUGCCCCCGCCAGCAUGGCAGUGAUGGGGGUUCAGCUCGUGUUCUCCUUGAUGGUGGCCAGCGUCAUGCAGAAAAUGACUCCACACUGGUCCUUUGCCCGAUGGCUCCUUUGCAACGGAAGUCUGCGUCGCUACAAGCAUCCGCCGGAGGAGGAGCUUCUUGCCCUUGCAGGCAAGCAGAAGCCGAAGGGCAAAAGGGACCGGCGGAUCAACGGCGUGAUGGAUGACAAACCUGCAUCUGUCCCCAGAGAUAUUGAUUUGCGCCUGGGGAGUGCCCCCAUCACAGCCGUGGACAUUCUGGUUUUGUGCUAUUUCGUGGAUUAUCAGUGGUACGUGGACUUCGCGGCUUAUUCUGCCCUGGUGUACCUCUGCACGGAAGGGUACUACAGCCUGGUGGACCCCCAGAAAGAAGCCAACAUUGGAAUUCUCUGGUGCCUGCUGACGGUCGCUUUCUCCAUCAAGAUCCUCUGCAUGGUGAUGCGGCACUACUUCCGCUCCAAGGAGGGGGGCGAGCGCGCCGUGUGCCUGGCAUUCGCCUUCUUCUUCCUGCUGAUCGCCAUGGUGGUCCUGGUUAUCCGCGAAGACCACCUUGAAUUUGGCCUGGAUGCAGGGCUGACCAACGUCUUCGAUAACUUGGAGGUUUUCUUAAAGGAACAGGGAUGGGGAUGGACGAUCCCCGUGAGCAAGCUGACGGUCAAGCUGGGGAUCGUGGCCUUCUGCUCGUUCAUUGGGGCCUGCCUGACCUUCCCGGGGCUGCGGCUGGCACAGACUCACCUGGACGCGCUGAAAAUGGUGCCUCACCGGCCAAUGUUGCAGCUGCUGCUCCACACCAGCUUCCUCACCCCACUGAUUGUCGUGCUGAUGUGGGUCAAGCCCAUUUCUCGGGAUCUCCUCUUGAACGCCCCCAUGGGUGGGCAGACAGUCCAGCUCAUGUCUGACAGCACCUACAAUUCUGUGCGGCUCUGGACAAUCGUGGUGCUGUGCCUCCUCCGCCUGGCAGUCACCCGCCACCACCUCCAGGCGUACCUGAAUCUCGCUCAGCGCUGGGUGGAGCAAAUGAAACGGGAGGCUGGCCGGAUUGCGGUGCUGGAGAUCCAGCGGAAGAUUACCAGAAUCUACUGCUAUGUGGCUGUGGUCAGCUUGCAGUAUUUGGCCCCGAUCCUGCUCACCCUGCACAGCACCUUGCUUCUCAAAACUCUUGGGGGAUACUCCUGGGGGAUCUAUCCCGAGCCUGCUCUGAAGUCUCCACCGAUGGAUGCAACACCUGUUCUUCAGUCCAGCCCCGCCACCGAAGAGACGGGAAAAGAGGAUAUCCAGGCCGCUGUGGAACAGAUCACGGGAGUCCUGAGCACUUUUGGAACAGUCUUCACACCACUUUUCUACCGAGGACUCCUCUCGUUCUUCACCUGGUGGGUGGCCGCCUGCCAGGUGGUCUCUACCCUCUUUGGCCUCUAUUUCCAUCAGCACCUGGCUGCCUCUUAAGCAGCAGGUUUUCGGACUGCUCUUGGAAAGCAGUGGGCCAUCUCCGUGGCACGACCUGGCGUCUGAACCAGGAUGGAGAGCGAAGGAAGCUGGGUGUAGCCGGGUCACUACGGCAUGCUUCCUCCUACACGAAGGAAUACCUUUUCUUCCUCCAGCCUUUGUCUUGCUCUGCUGUGGAAGCAACGUGGGUAAAAGAAAAAAACCCACAAAACCGUGCCUCCGAAGAUACCCACUGUCUGGUUGUCCUUCGAGACUGGUGGUGAACUGUGGGAGAAGGUAGUCCCGAUUGCCAAAAUCUUGUUCCUGGGGGGUGUGGGGUUUCUAAUGUUCUGAACACAGCUGUUUCACCACCUCAAUGUGCAUUGAAAAAAAUACCAACCCUA